AUGUCUGCUGAUCACUCAAGAGAUCCGUGUCCAAUUGUUAUAUUGAAUGAUUUUGGUGGUGCUUUCGCCAUGGGUGCCAUCGGUGGUGUCGUAUGGCAUGGUAUUAAAGGUUUCAGAAACUCUCCUAUUGGUGAAAGAAGAUUGGGUUCUUUAAAUGCCAUUAAAGCUCGUGCACCUGUACUUGGUGGUAAUUUUGGUGUUUGGGGUGGUUUGUUUUCAACAUUUGAUUGCUCGGUUAAAGCUAUUAGAAAGAGAGAAGACCCUUGGAAUGCUAUCAUCGGUGGGUUCUUUACUGGUGGUGCUUUAGCCAUCAGAGGUGGUUGGAAACAUACAAGAAAUAGUGCCAUUACAUGUGCCUGUUUAUUAGGUGUCAUUGAAGGUGUUGGGUUAAUGUUCCAAAGAUAUGCAGCAUGGCAGGCUAAACCAAUGGCUCCGCCUUUACCUGAAGGUGUAGCACCUCAACAGGCUCAACCAUUACAAGCAUAA